AUGUCCAACGGAGCUUCGAGCCCGCUGGGCGGGAGCAGCGAUGGCGACGUAGACAUGGACACCGACACCCUCGUCAACGGCAACGAAGACGAGGCCACCCCGCGCCCCGAGCCCGUCAACGAGAAUGCACCCGUCAACAUAAUGCCUCUCCUCGCAAGGCGGCAGCCCAAGACGGAGCGGCACGACGUGUGCAUUGUCGGCGCCGGGCCGGCGGGCCUCAUGCUCGGCCUGGUUCUCGCCCGCUUCGGCAUCAUGCCGCUCAUCCUCGAUGAGCGCGCCGACCAGACCCCUGUAGGCCGCGCAGAUGGCCUCCAGCCCAAGACCAUCGAAACUCUCCGCAUGCUCGGCUUGGCCGACACCCUGCUCCAGCAGAGCGUCAAGAUCUACGACAUCACCAUGUGGCAGUCCCUGUCGCGGUCCGGCGAGUCCGAGCUCCGCCGGGUGGGUAGGGAGGUCCACUACCCUGCCUUCAUCGUCGACCUGGUCGACCCCUUCGUCCUCAUCGGCCAUCAGGGCAUGGUCGAGAAGGCCUUCGCCUCCGACCUCGCCAAGCGCGGCAUCAACGUGCGGAGGUGCCACAAGCUGGACUCGGUCAGCGUCAAGGACGACGGCACCGUGGAGGUCCAGAGCCAGUUCAACGUCACGCGGGACCUGAGGGCCUUCGACGCCACCUACCUCGUCGGCUGCGACGGCGCCCACUCGCGGGUGCGGAAGAUGAUCGUCGGGCCGACGGAUCCGGGCGCCAGGGACGACCCGGAUGAGAUGUCGGUCUGGGGUGUUCUCGACGGCGAGGUCGACACCAAUUUCCCCGACAUAUGGACAAAGUGCGUCGUCUUCUCCGAGCAGCUUGGCAGCGUCUUGAUCGUCCCGAGGGAGCGGGAUAUGACACGGCUGUACAUCGAGAUGAGGCCCGACGCCGACAUAGGCGCGGCCGACUCGAACCCGGCCCGCGUGCAGGCCGCCAUCAUGCGCCGGGCCGCACAGAUCAUCGGUUCCGACGGAAGGGGCCCGUACCGGAUCCGGUGGAGGCGGGUCGAGUGGUUCGGCCAGUACCGCGUCUCGCAGCGGGUCGCCCCCAGCUUCUCCUGCCCUGUACCCAAGCCGACAGAGUCAGCCAGACAGCAAACCCCCACACCCGACACCAUCAACCAGGCCAUCGACGAUGCCGACAACGAGCACAGGAUCUUCAUCGCCGGCGACGCCGCCCACACACACUCGCCCAAGGCCGCACAGGGCAUGAACACGGCCCUGCACGACAGCUGGAACCUGGCCUGGAAGCUCAACCUCGCGAUCCGCGGCCUGGCCAAGCCCUCGGUCCUCCUCGAGUCGUACUCGUCCGAGCGGCAGAAGAUCGCGCGCGACCUGGUCGCCUUCGACUUCGAGCACGCCCAGGAGAUGUCGCGCGGCAACCCCGCCGCCCUGGCCGACAACUUCCGCAAGAACGUGCGCUUCAUCUCCGGCGUGGGGUGCGAGUACGCGCCCAACGCGCUCAACCUGGAGCCCGAGGGCUUCGACGACGUCAAGAACGCCACCACGGAGGACGCGGGGGUGGCGGGCGGCGUCGGGCUCCCGCAGCUCGGCGCGCGGCCCGGGUGCACGCUGCCGCCGGGCAAGGUGUCGCGGUACAUCGACGCCAACCCCGUCGACGUGCAGCUCGACAUACCCGUGCUGGGCCAGUUCCGGCUGUACUUCUUCAUCCCGGACAUCCUGUCCCCGCCCGCGGCCGCCUUCCUGGUGUCGCUGUGCGGCGCCAUCGCCGAGCCCGAGAGCCUCGUGAGCCGGCUGUCCGCCGCCGCGGGGAAGAGCUACCUCGAGAGGCCGCGGGUGCCGAGCAACGAGGACAUCUUCAAGCGGCCGGAGAGAUACAUCGCCGUGAGCCAGUUGUUUGCGUUCGCGCUGAUCACAUCAACAUCAAAGCACCUCUUCGAGAUCUCAGACCUGCCCGCCAUCCUGGCCCGCUCGCCCUGGACAAUCUACCUGGACGACAUGCCCGACCUCGACACGCGCGGCCUGACCUGCACCGAGAAGUACCUCGGCGCGCCGCUGCAGGACGGCGAGGUCGCCAUCGUCAACGUGCGGCCCGACGGCUACGUCGGCGCCGUGCGGAGGUGGGACAUGAGCCUCGGCGCCGCGGCCGACGACGCCAUCGAGACGGGCCGCGAGGCCGCGCGGUGGCUGGACGCGUACUUUGAUGGGUUCUUGCAGGUGCCUGAGUCUUGA